AUGUUUGAUGAUGAUUUAGAUGAUGAGGAACAUCAUCAGAGAGUGAUACAAGCCAUUGUCCACCAUACUUCACUAGAAAAUGAAGCCACCAAAUAUGGUGGGUUGGUAGUUGGUCGUGAGUACAAGAACCAUGAGAGGGAAGAUCACCAUCGCAAUCUUAUGUUCGACUUCUUCAUUGAAAGGCCACAUUUUAAUACUCCAGACUUUCGUAGACGGUUCCGAAUGCGAAAAGAGUUGUUUUACUACAUCUUGAAUGAUGUUGUUAACCAGAAGCCAUACUUUCUCCAGAAAAAAGACGGGCUCGGCCGACAAGGGCUAUCCCCUGAACAAAAGUUAACUGCUGUCUUUCGUAUGCUCGCAUGGGGAUGCUCCACUGACGCGACCGAUGAGUACUGUAGAUUGGGUGAAAACACAGUUCUUGAAUCACUCCGUAAGUUUCGUUGA